AUGUCGACCACGCCUGCAACCUCAACCUCCGGUACAGCAAGCGGUGGUACCAGCACCAUGAUUGGUCGCACGUUCCAUGUGUCACACAGUCUUCCACAUGGGGCAUCAUUCCAGACUCAUGGAUCCGUAUUGCCUGUACUCCCUACUCAAACUCCCACGCGUGAGGCUCCAGUUGAACCGAUCGGUGUCGUCGCAGCCGGUGAAGCAGAUUACAGUUUAGAUGAGUGUGAGGAUCGGAUGUUGAAAUCGUUGCCCAGUCCGCUUUUCGAUCCGAUCAAAGUGAAUCGCAGCCCACCAAACUCACCCACGGAUCCUUCUGCUACCAACGCAUAUUCGUUGGGUAUCAAAUCCACACUGAUCACUCCGGUCACUCCGACCUCACCCAGUUCAUUAACAUCUUUCGGUGCCGUGACACAAUCGCCACCCGCACGGUUUGAUCGAUCCCCGGUCGGCGAAUCGCCUUCUGUGGUAUCCAAUGCAUUAGCAAAAUGUGUGAAGGAUCGCGAGGUCAAAAAUGAGACAAAGAUAUCUGCAGAAGUGGAAGCCAACCGUGAGUUUUGCACGGGGGCUCUAACCAAGCUUACCAAAGUGGAAUCCGAAACAGCUUCACCGAGUCCGAUUGCUCAAACAACUGCUACAGUUGUUUCGCCGCAAAACAAAGUUCAGCAUGAAGUUAUUUCUAAUGUUGUCGCUCCAUUGGGUGGUUCGGUCACUGUUAGUGCGACCCCAAGUUCACCAGUCAAAAUAUCGACUUCCGAAACGACAACACACACUUCUAGUUGCACCAUACAAUCAGCCGCUAUUCAACCCACUACAAGUGCGCCUGCACACACAGAAACGUUGCGAUCAUUCACUACGGAAUCAACUACUGUGGCCGCAAGUCAGAAUGAUAUAGUGAUCAAAACGGUGCAAACUGAUCAUGCCUCACCCGACCAGGAAGCAUCAUCCAUCAGCCAAUUGCAAACAUUCUCAUCAACUGUGGUCAGCACGUCCAAAUCUGAGGCUGAGCAACAUCCAGUUGAGUCAGCGACGUUUGUUUCAUCAUUCACAAGUGAGCAGAAACAUAUAAGUCUGGUGUCCAUUCCGUCACAUGCGUCCGUUACAACCUUCGUUCAGCCGAAUAUUUCAAGCACGGUGGAGAACGCUAUUGUGGAGACCUCAAAGCCGGACGUGGCUCUGACUGCAUCCCAUAAUCUCGCGACUACAACUAUUUCUCCGUCGACUUCAUUCCAGUCACGUCUGAGAGCCCCGAUGGUCUCAGUAGCGCGACCUAGUGCUCCCAGUGAGACAGACACUUGGUCACGCACACCAGAGUUCCCCGCUCCUUAUCGUCCUGUCUCGAACUAUUCCGGUCUUCAAUCACCAAAGGUGGCAGCCUCAGAGACAAUGAGUACAGCGCAGGCUGCGUCCAAGGAGAAUAACCAUCACGAGCUAACACGAGUGAGUUGGCGAUGA